UCCAGUCGUGCAUGUGUUUGAGAGAAAAGAAAGGAGACGGUGGGAAGAGGGGAGGGCUGCUCAUUCAAGCACUCCGAUUCUUGAGAAGAAGGAGCUGCAGCAGGAGACGGCAUCGACCUGCAGUAACCGAGCCGCCCUCUGUGCAGUUACAGUGGUUCUGUGUUUCAGAAAGAAUACUUUAAACUUUGAGUGAUGUGACUUCUACUGGUGGACAUGAAACAGGCUUUCAGGCCCUGUCUAACCAAACAUGAUCGGGCUCUUCGAUCUGAGGGAGGAUACCAUUAUUCGUUAACGAGAGGAAGGAGCAAAGGAUCAGAUAAAGGAGCUGGAACGUUAUCUUUAGCUCGACAGCUCCAAGUCAUGCCCUCUGCCGACAGCUUCCAGGCGCACUGUGUGCUUUCAUCCCUGAACCUGGCAUGACCUGAAUGUCAGAAAUUUGCAAAUUUACUUCAUCUGCUCCAUUUGACUUCGGUGCUUGACUCAGACUUCUUUAUCCUCAUCCCUGUUAAAAGUCCAAGCUGAAAACAAUCAACUGAAAAAUGUGUGUCUUUUAUAUAGAUAUGAACAAGAUUGUGGGCAGACCUUGGACCGUCCUCCAGUGAAAUGUAACGUCAUGUGCAGAGCUGCACACUGAUAAAUACACACAAACCCAUUGAAAGUUAGCUCAAGGGAACCAGCCGACAGGAGACAGAAGUCUUACCAGUCGUUUGGAUGAACAUAGUUAAAGCCAUUUGAUUGAAUUGUAAGGAUUCACCUCAUCAGUAACGUUCUCAAUCUCAACAGUACUGCUGGGCGACAACUUUCACCUUGUUUUUAAAGCUUUAACAUUCCUACUUUUGAGUGGCCUGAGGAAAGGGCUUGCACCAGUUCGGAUGAAACCAUGUGUCAUGUGAUUGUUACUUGCCGCUCGAUGCUGUGGACCCUGCUCAGUAUUGUGGUAGCCUUUGCCGAGCUCAUUGCCUUCAUGAGUUCCGACUGGCUGGUGGGGAGACCGAAAGCGAACAGCAGCCCUGUCCUCGCAAACCGCUCCAACACGUGGAGAGACCCUUACCACCCAAAACUGGGCAUCUACAGCCGCUGCAUCAAACUGCCAACUUUAAAACGGGGGAACCUGUGUGGUCCGUACGCUGACAGCUUCAAUGAAAUUGCCAGUGGAUUUUGGCAAGCGACGGCUAUUUUCCUGGCGACAGGAAUUCUCAUUCUGUGUGCUGUGGCUUUUGUCUCGGUCUUUACCAUGUGUGUGCAGAGUAUUCUGAAGAAAAGCAUUUUUAACAUUUGUGGAUUACUACAGGGAAUUGCAGGUCUCUUCCUAAUUCUUGGUCUGAUCCUUUAUCCUGCUGGAUGGGGUGCUCAGAAGGUGGUGGACUAUUGUGGACCAGAUGUUUCACCUUAUCAGUUAGGUGCCUGUUCUCUGGGCUGGGCCUUUUACACAGCAGUCGGUGGCACUGUCCUUACAUUCCUCUGUGCAGUGCUGUCUGCACAAGCAGAAAUCGCAACAUCCAGUGAUAAAGUGCAGGAAGAGAUCGAAGAAGGGAAAAACCUGAUUUGCUUGCUGUGAGAUAACGUUUCGGGUGCUGUUUAUUCUUCAUGGCAGUCUUAAUCUCUUUUGUUUCGUUUCUGAAAACGGCACCAGGAGUUUGACAUUUUACUACCUUCCCACCGAAUUUGAAACUCGGAUAUAUGCAUUUUUGUGGCAUUGAUCUGAAACUGAACUCUAUCCAAAGAUUGACAGAACACGAAAUGCCACACACCAGUCUAUAGCUGCGAUCGUGAGAAAAUUCUGAAUGUUGUCCCUUUGUCCUAGACUGUGUCUUCCACUAGAAGCUGUCUGCCACAUUAGCUCACAAUCCAAUAUGUUUAAAGAGUUGUCAAGGGACAAAGCCUUCUCACAUUACAGCAGAAGUAGAUGAUAUUUUAUGUGCACUUCAACAACGUUGUGUUUAGUUAAAAGCAUCUUUUGAAUUUGUAGAGGGAAGGUAUUUUCCAUCGUCCAGUUUGAUUUUCUAUGCGAUUUCCUAUACCUUCUAACAUUAGAGGCCAAAAUAGUUUUGAAAUUGCUGCAACACCUUUCCAAUUUAGCCAAAACAUUUCACUGAAACAAGGUCCCGGCAAAGAAGAACAGUGCAGCUCAUUGUUUUAUUGAGAAAGAAGUGAUCCAAACUAAUUAUGGAUACAUUUUUGCCAUUAACAGGUUGGUAGUGGUAAUACUGGACAGAGGUGGGUGAUUUCACCAGAAGUGAUUGGAGGUCUGCCUCCAUUGGUCCCCCAUCAGUCUGCCAUCUCCAGUCAGCUGAGUAACUCGCCAUUGAUAGGCUUUCCUCAAACACGGUAGUGUGGGCCUCACUGCUGAGAGCUGUCGACAAAAGACUGGCAGCUCAUUCUUUUGGCAGUACCACCCAGGAGACAAUGGUCAUUGCGUGGAACAGACAACAGAAACCUAGGAUUGCAAUGCCACACAAGGCCAGAACACACUGGUAACAGCAGGUUGUAUGAGAUGCAGGUGUCUCAGGAGCAAUGGCUAGGGUUUGGCACUCCACCAACACCCUGUCAAAUUGCCAUUAUCUGGUUCUUCAACUGGGCAUUGAGUGCCUUUGAAUGAUGGACCCAGUCCCCACCCACCAAGAGAUCACAAACAACCCACGUGGGUUGGUGGAUGUUUGUUGCCCACAUAAGGGCAAGGUCUUCACAACUGUCAACAGGACAUGAUGGCUUUCUUCCCUUGGCUUUCCCAUCCAAGUCCUUAAGAGUAGAGACAUUGUGGUGUCAGGGUUCACACCUGCCUGACAAAAUGGCCCUCCGUUUCUGUCGGGGAGAGAAUAAAAUGUUGCCCAUUCUAUAUGUUAAGUGUGCUAGACUGCCUUGAAACAUUUUCUAAGAGAUGAGAAAACAGGGGCACGAAACAAUUGAUUCAUAAUACGUGGAAGGUAAAGUUUUAUCAACUUUACUGGUGAAAGGAAGUUUUUCUGAAGGUAUUGUUUAUUACAAGCAUGUUGUAUUGAAACAACAACACCCAAAUGGUAAGGCCUGUUAAAUAACAGCCGUCUCCAUUCAUAACACCUCCCUCUUUCUCCGUUGUGGCUGUCUUGACAGCCAUAAGUACAACUGUGCAACCCACUCACCUCAGCACAUGCCCAUGGUCAGCUGUCAUAUGUCAAUGUGGUGCUAAAGUUCAGUGAACUGUGAAUCUAUUCUGUUUGAACAAAGCCUUGCUGUUUAUACAAAAUGAGACAAGCAGUCAGUACCUAUCACCUGUGCUAAUCAUUCAACAAUGCAUAAUCAUUCUAAUCAUAUUUCCACUUCUGAUGCUGUUUGUGAUCUGUGCAUUCAUGCAUUUGCCAAAGAAAAUGCCUCCUGCACUAUACAUAACUGAGAACUGUUGCACAGUUAUUAUAGGGUAUUGCCAAUUGUCAGUCACUUUAAGUAAGAUGUAUCGUUUUACCAGCAAUUUUCAAUACAAGUGAACACCAGGAAUGCAGAGUGCCAUUUUCUAUUAAAUUAAACUUUAUGGAACAUUUCAAGCUUAAUCCAGUGCCAGGUAGAUUUGAGGAGUCAAGUGAAUUGAAUUUCAAGGAUCACCUCCAAAUCUCUGCAUGUGAAACAAUUCAACACCUAUUUGGUAGAGCUAGGUGUGAUACCUUCUAAACCCAUACACUGUACCACUUUGAAAGUCAAAUGCAAUAGACCUAUGGGAACACUACCACCUACAAGUUCUCCUUGAAGCCACAUGUCAUCUUCACUUUGAAUUCUCCUGCUGUACCUCCAUUGUUAGGGGGUCAAAAUUCUGGGACUUCCUUCACAACAGGGACUACCUGCAGCAGAUGAACUGCAAUGGUUCAAAAAGGCCUUGCAAGAAUACUUUACCAAGAGCAAUUAGGGAUGGGCAAUAAAUGCUGGACACUUACAUCCCAUGAAAAUAUAGACAAACUAUUCCUCACAAAUGCCAAAAUAAUUUAUUUUGUGAAGCACAUAAAUGGUGCACCUACUUGUUGUCCACUGAAGGCCAUCAAGCAAUGAAAACUGGAAUUAAGGAACUAAAAUAAAAUUUGUGCCAUUCCAAAGCUGGUCAGCCUUGUCUUCCAAACAGCAGUGGCAAAGAUGCAUCAGAAAGCCAACACAUCUGUGCCAACACAGAACUGAACUCUUAUAGGAAUAAAUAGGACGGACAGACUUUUCCUAAGAUGCUUAGCUUGGUUGUGAAUAAGAAAAAUGACGGUCUGUGGAAUCUUAUCAAACAUUGUCUGUACUGUUAAACCUGUGUAUUAUUACUAGUUCUUUGUGAUUAUAUAAUGACCACAUUUAAAUAAGAAGGGCCAUAAUUUUGGCUGAUGCUCAUUGUUCAGUAACCCAUUGUGUUUAGUGUUACGUGGCAUAGUCUUUUGUAAAAUGUUAACCAUUAUUUAAAAUUAAUACACCGUGUGAGAUAUGUGCAAUAAUUGAUAAAGAAAUUGAAAUUGUUUAUCGUGCAAGUGUGCAUGGGAGGUGAAGAAAUGGUUUUGAUUAGGGCUGAUGGGAUGGGUCUUGUCCAUUUAAAUUUACUGGUGCCAGUUCAUACUGCUGGAAUAUUCCUAGUUCAGCAAAAUGUUCACUAUUACUAAAUAAAUGCAGUGUUACUAAACAAGUGAUCUUGUUGUAUGCUGGGUCAUCUCAAAUGGAACAACCAAACAGCAAGAGUUCCAAGUUCCAGCCAAGACCCAGUCCCUUUUACCAGGUCACCAAAAGUCAUUGUUAGGUUAAAUAGCUAGUGUUACUGAAAUUGACACUGAUAAAUUCCUAGCCUCAGUUAUAUCUUGUAGAAGUUGUCAAAGUAAGACCUAGGACCUUCCCUUGGCAAGAUGGGAAGAAUGGCUAGUCUUUUUACUGUGGUGCAUUGUAGGACUUCUAGAGAGCAGCAAAGAGCAGCAUUGGUAAUGGUCAGGAACUGUUCAGCCUCUGUGUCAUUUGUUAUAGAAAAUGGUGAAAAUAAAAAUCAAAUUAAUUGGAGCAGUAUAAUUUCAUUUUGUACCAAAUUUAAUACAAAUUUAUAAAACAAACUGGAUAAAGGAUACAUCAUUGAACCACUAGCUACGACCAGUUUUUUUUAAAUGAUUGAUCUCUGCUAUAUCCUUGUUAACCUCAGUAGCAGAAAUCAGGGUCUGCUGCCCUGUUGGGAGCUGAGGUAUGAAUUAAAAUGAGUGCAAUGAAUUUCUAGACAAAGGUUUCUUUUCAGCCCUUUUCCAAAACUAUCUGCACACAAUUUACACUGUAAUCUUGGACUCUACCAUCAUGAGGAAAUGCCGUGAUUAUUAAAUGGCCGGUUGAAAAGAACAUUUAGUAAGAUUAACUAAUGAAGUUUCCCUGUGUUUCAAAUGGAGAUUUUUUUUUUUAACCCAGCCCCCGAAAGCCAAGUUUCAUCGUACAUCAAGACAAUAAGAUGAUUUUUGGGAUAUGAUUUAAAUUGGUUUCACAAUUAAUAACCACUAUUACUAAACUGCUGAGGUGAUUGCAAAUAGUUAACUGUAACCAAAGCUGUCACUUCUGGAAAUCGGGUCUAGCUAUUUAGCUGCAGGACCCAGCUAGCAAUUUAACUAUUACUGACCUAGUGAGAAUUCAGCAAUGCUGUAAGUAUUUCCUUGAUGUUUCCAAAAUGCUGAAGAUUGGAGUGCAAAAAUCACUUAUUAAAGCUGUUUGUGUUUGAUACUA